AUGGAUCACGUUAUACCAUGCUAUAUUCUAAUGUUGGCACUACUGCAAGGCAGCCACUCUACGCUAAUAGAACUAGUGGACGCGAUCGCUUCGUACGAUAACUCGAGCGUAAUCAGUGGAACAAACAUUUGUGUUUUUACCACCGCCAACUCUACUCUCGAAACAAUGACCCCACAUCUGCUGAAAACGCUAAUGUCGAAGUACCCGACGACGUUGGUAGCCAAAGGAAGCUACAUAGAUGUUAGAAAACGGUGGACAGCUAGUUUGGUGCUGCUCGACUUAACAGCAUUCCACUACGAGUUUCCGUCCAUAUACGUUCAGAAGAGCUUGAACUCGCACCCGUGUUACAGAAAAUCAGCCAAGUUUGUGAUCCUGAUGGGUGGAGCAAGUUUCCAGCGUAAGCACAUCGCGCUAGCCUUCCUGGAGAAGUUUUCGAUCUUAAACUUCAUUCUGGUGCCAUUAACGACCUUCAAUCAUUCAAACAGUUCACUAAAGGUGUACACACAUAAUAGGUUCACGAAGAAGGAACUGUAUUUUCAAUCUACCGAUCGUCCUGUGCAGCUGUUUUUCCCCGACAAACUUCGUGAUCUGUACGGGUAUAAGUUCAUGCUCCACGGGCUCAACUCCUUCCCUUACAUCUUUUUUGGGCUCGGUAUUCCCCGAGGUGUACUACAGACCUUCGUAGAUCAACUCAUUUGGAAGUAUCGCAACGGUACUACAUACUAUACGGACAAUUUGAAACAGCGUCGCGCGAUGGACUGCUGGUUGAACAAUCAGGUCGAUCGGAAGAACUUCCUUAAUACGGUCUACUUUCGAGAGCAGACCGGGAUUUGCUUGAUCUGUCCUAUCCGUUCUGGGCGGGAUUUUUUACGCCACUUGCUUAAGCCAUUUUCUCUCGGGAUCUGGAUCGUGCUCGGUGUACUGUUUGCGUUCUGUCGUGCAAUGGAAAUCAUCUUUCCACAAAUUUAUAAGUACGACUUGAUUGCGCUGACAUUCUUCGGAGGCGGUGGCACCGAAUAUCUACAACCGUUUCAGUUUCGUAUUAUAACACUAACACUGGCAGUGCUGAUAUUCUUUCUGUCGGAGGCUUACAACACCAAGAUCAUUUCGCUGAUGACGCUCUCGAAGUUUUACGAGCUGCCACAAACGCUUGACGAGGUUGCUAAAUCCGACUAUCGCAUCCUAUCGACUCGCGUCGGCACAAAUACAUUUGGUUCGUUAGCGCCUAGCUUCCUGUCCUAUCCGAAAUCUCUAAGGGAGGAAAAACGACUCGGGAAUCGCGUUUUCGAUGUGUACUGCAUGAUUAUGAUGCUGGAAAAUGCCUGGAUGGCCAGCACGAACCCGAUGACGGGUGCCCGUACUAAUCGGUACAUCGUCAAUGAGCUCAUCUCCGUAGACGUUAAUGUCGUACAGUUCCCUCAACAUUCGCCAUUUGUGGACAUUUUUGACCGAUUUUUCGGAAUAUUUCACGACAGCGGGCUGUGGUCUUAUUUGGUGCGGCGAUACAAGGAAGUACUUUAUCGAAGUUUUGAUACGAAAAAAGUACAGUUUCAGGAAGUUAUCUUUUUUUUCGACGAUUUGUUUUGUAUAUGGAUAUUGAUUGUAGUUGGAUGGUUGAUCAGUAUCGUUUGCUUCAUAGCCGAGCUCAUUCGAAACUGGCUGCAGCAAAGGAAUUAUAAACAAUACAUAAUUUAG